AAGUGACAUUCACUUGGCAAAUGACGGAAGCUGACGAUCCCAAGAAGAAAAUACGCGCGCGCAUCGAGCGCGACGUGUACAGUGUUCUGCUAUCAUUCCAGGAAGGAGCGACCCCAAAUCAAGUAGAAAGGAGAAUGGACGACACGCUUGGCUACACAUAUGUUGGAAAAUAUGUACAGGCUGGUGUGAGAGAUAUGGCUCAACUUCUGCGAGAGCACAAAGAUGUACGACAAAAUUUAUCCGGAGUUUUCAGUGUUGUCGCAAAUGAGGACAAUCAAGACCUAAUCAAUCUGAUCUCAAAGCAGAAGAAAAAAAAGAAAGGUGGAAAAGGUGCAAAGCCCAUUCGUGCAGCUACGUCUAUGGGAUUCCAUAAUAAAAGUGGAUUCGGAUAUGCAGCUCACUUGCGCUCACCGAAACCCUCAUUUAUGUAUCCAGCUUCAUCUGCCAGAGCGAACCCGGCAAAGCCACAAGCAACUGGGUAUCGCAAUACCGUUCGACACCCACCUGUCCGCCCUUCCACUGCAACUGGUCACUCUAGUUUCGCAAAUAGAUCAGCUUAUUCACAUCAUACAACGAGAAGCACCACUGUUGGUCCGGUCAAAAUUGCUCCUAGUGCGACUGCUCAGCGUCCUCUUUUACGUCAACCUGUAACCGUUGUUCAAAGACUGUCGUCUACAGUGGCUGUUCCAGUUUUGCAACCCGGGAUUGACUCGAAGUGUAUGCCUUCGAUCGUUGAUUUUUCGAACAACGUUAAGCGCAUGAUGCUUCUGGAAUAUCCUGCUGAUGUCCAUCUCUCUGAAUUGACCGAAAUCUACGAUAAGCAUUUCGAUGUAUCAAUUGAUCCACUCCAGUUGUUUAGCAAGAGCUGGAUGAUGUUCGUGAAGACUUCAUUCAAAGAAUGGCUGCAACUCGGAACAGACGGUCGAGUUGAAGUGAAGGAACCCUGGUUCACAAAUUUUGGAGCUGCGUUAAAGAAAUCAAUGCCACCUGCUCCUGAAAAGAAGAAACCAACGACACUGCAUGAGCCCACUUCAAGUGUCGCAUCAUCGAGCUUACCGAUUUCACAAGGAUUUCGGUAUCAAAUACCAGUUGUUCGUCCGAUAGUGUCUGUCGCAGAAAGUAUGAAAGGACUCACAGUGAGUGCCCGUAGCGUAAUGGGAACUCCAAAAGAUCUUCCUGGUGUGUCUAACCCGAUUAAAAACACAGCUCGGGGAAGUAAUAAGCCUCGAAAUGAUCUGGCAUCUUCGAAAGCGAGUAAGGAUCUUGUUGUUCCUGUGAUGAAAACUACGUGUAUCAAAUCACUUGAAGAUACUUCUACCAGUAGUUCGAAUCCUUCAACAUUGCAAUUAUCUACUGCCUCUACCUCUGCAACAGAUCAGAAACUGCCAAAAAUGAGCUUUGGAAGACAGAUAGAAAAAGGAUCGUCGAUUCCAGGGAGACAUAUAUCUCUUGCUCUCACGGAAAUUAAAAACCAAAAAGUUAUUGCGGCUUCUAUUGUUGGAAAGAGUGCCAAAACUUCUACAAAAGUGCCAUCCACGACUAGAAGUGUAGUUCUCCCACCAAUGUCAAAAGGACCAGGAUUGGCACGUUCUCGUAACUUUUCACCACAACAAUCGACUACAUCUUCAAUUGAUAAUGAGUGUCUAGAAGCUAUCAAUGCUGCGUUGCCGUCGGAUAAGGAUAGUUGGUGAUCGAAAUUUUACGUGCUUUAAAAUAUCCUGUUUAUGUGUUUUUGUAAAAUUAUUUUUUAAUUAGUUUUAAUAGUAACAUUGUUUUUUUUAUAUUUUGGAUGCGAGUCAUUCACGAAUUUUACUAUAAAUUUUUUUUCCGGUGC